AUGGCCUCUGCAAACAAAAGCCACUCGCAACCUUCCGAAUCAACGCAGGCAGGCUUGGUAGAUGCUGAUCUCCUGAACAUCUUCAUCUUCAUUUUCUACGUCGUUGUUCUGGGAAUCGUGAGUUUCUUUGGAAUGAUCUUCAACACCAUUAACAUAAUCGUCUUCUUUAAGCAGGGCUUCAAAGACACCGUGAAUAUUACAUUAUUCGGCCUGGCCGUUUCCGAUGUAUUAUCCUCACUUACGCUUCUGUGGAUGAGCAUCAGCUACAACCCUUUGUUCAUGAACGCCGACCUGCCCAUUGACCAGCAAGGCUUCACCUACAUCACGGCAGGCUGGCUUCGCCUUUGUUUUGCUCGAAUCUCCAGCUGGAUCACAGCCUGGGUCACAUUUGAGAGGUGUCUGUGCAUUGCCCUGCCCCUCAAAGUCAAAACAAUUAUAACACCAACAACCACGAAUGUCGUGCUUGUCGGCAUAUAUCUAACAAUGAUUGUCAGUGUAGUACCAGUGUAUUAUUCCAUCAGUCUCGGGCCUAGGUUUUUCCCUGGAAGGAAUGCGACGAAAAUUGGACUGAUCUACACAGAGGACGGUUUGAAUACCAAGGACGUUUGUCUGUCUAUCAAUACCCUUUCUCAGAUUGCUGCUUUCAUUGCAGUUCUCGUCUGCACCGUCAUCCUCGUCCAGAAUCUUCUCGUGAAAUCAAAAUGGCGGCAGUCGACGUCCAGCUCCGCUAAACAGGAGUCGGUAACGAACAGAGACAAAAAGGUGGUGAAAAUGAUUCUUCUUUGUGCUGUCAUUUUCAUUGUUUGCUUGUUACCGGGGACACUCAAUAUUAUUGCCCAGUUCAGCAUCAACGAGUACAAUAUGGUUGGCAGAUAUCAUAACUUGUAUUUGCUGACCUGGACGGUUUUGAACUCAAUGGAGGCUGUAAAUUCUACCGUGAACAUCUUCGUCUACUACAACAUGAGUUCAAAAUACAAGGAAAUCCUGAGAGAAAUGUUCAACAGAAAUAAGGGGAAAGGCAUGUAA